UAACUUUUUUGCCUCCUGUCACUGUGCUGUCAGGGAAUGAAUGUGAAUGGCUAGCCGACUGGUAGCUUUGGCAAUGUUGUCACUAUCAGAAUGAUAUCGCAGCGGGACAGAGGAGAACUGGCUCGCUUUUAUACUGUAACAGAUCCGAAAAAGCACCUGAAAGGCUAUACUGUGUAUAAAGUCACCGCAAGGAUAAUCUCCAGGAAGAACCCAGAAGAUGUCCAAGAGAUAACGGUAUGGAAGAGAUACAGUGAUUUCCGGAAGCUUCAUCAGAACCUCUGGCAGCUGCACAAGAAUGUAUGUAGCCAGUCAGAGCUGUUUCCUCCAUUUGCCAAGGCCAAAGUCUUUGGUCGUUUUGAUGACUCAGUAGUUGAGGAAAGAAGACAGUGCUCCGAGGAUCUGUUGCAGUUCUCUGCUAAUAUUCCGGCUCUUUAUAGCAGUCAGCAUAUUCAAGAUUUUUUCAAGGGAGGUGACGUUCACGACGGCUCUGAGCUCAUUGGACCAGCUGAGCCCUUUUCUGACUUCCUGGCAGACAGUUUAUCAGACUGCAGCUCUGAUGUUCAAAAAGACAUCAGUGGUGCAGAUGAUUUGACUAUCACAUCUGAGUAUGGAGGCCCGUUCAGUGAAGGCGACCUGACCUCCCUGCCUGUGGACACAGACUCUUUGGCUGGGCUAGAUGAUGGCAUGGCCUCAGGCCGCACCUCCCCAAACCAGCCACAGGGGGGAGCCACCAACAUUGGCAGCAGCUGCAGCCCUCGCUUGCCCUCACUGCACGGUCGCCGCACUCCAUCUCCUGCCCCAGUCCCUGCCUCCCCAGCCCAUAACCCAGAGGUCAGCUGGUCAGGCCGAACGCCGCUCUUCUCCGGCAGUCUGAAGAAAGCCAGUGGAGGUAACCCGAAGGACGUGAAGUCAGACUACCUAGACAGAGCCAGUGAGCUCAUCUGUUUGGCUGUACAGAAGGAGAAAGAGCAAGACUUCCAGGCAGCUUUCUUCUGCUAUCGUAGUGGAGUGGACCUGCUGCUGCAAGGAGUGCAAGGUGAGCCCAGUCCCACGCGGCGAGAGGCAGUGAAGAAGAAGACUGCAGAGUAUCUAAUGCGCGCAGAACUGAUAUCCAGUCAGCAUCUGAGGAGCAACAUGGGUCAAGGGUCAACACAGACAGUGGCUUUAGGGGCACAGUGCUGCCCAUCCACCAGCAGAGGAGGCCAGCAGAGUCCAUCCGAGGAGCUGAGAGCUUACAGAGUGUUGGGGGUGAUAGAUAAGGUUCUUUUGGUCAUGGACAAGAGAACACAAGAGACAUUCAUCCUCAAAGGCCUGAGGAGGAGCAGUGACUGUGGGCGGACUAAGAGGACAAUCAUGCCUCACUCGGUGCCGAACAUGGUGCAGCUGAGAAAGUUCAUCGUGUCUGAGGACACAGUUUUCCUUUUGCUGCAGUAUGCGGAAGGUGGUAAGCUGUGGUCUCACAUUGGAAAGUACCUGCGUGAUUCCAGCCCAGAGGAGAGCUUUGACAUUCCAUUCAUCCAGAAGAGCCACACCGCGGCUGUACACUCUCCACAACAUGCUGUACCACAGCUGGAUGUAGGUUCGGCCAGUUCUGGUUCUGGGCCGGUUGCUUCUUCUGAUUCUGCUUCAGGGCUUCAGGACAAAGGGGAGAAACUCUUUGCGUCUCCUGAGAAAAUUGUUCUCCCUCCCAGGCUCAUCGAACAAAUUGGUGCCCAGUCAGAUUCUGGAGCUACGUCUGAGGAAGAGUGCACCAACAGUUAUUUGACUCUUUGCAAUGAGUAUGAACAAGACAAAGUAGAACCAGAUGCACUAGAGGAAGAGAAGGUGGAGGAGGAGAAGAAAAGUGAACAGGAAAUGCUGUCCUUGCAAGUGCCCGUUGUGAAAACCACUACUUCCUCGCGUAGCCGCUCACUGCUCAGCAAUGAUAGCCUAUCACCUAUCAGCUCUCAGGAACUUGGCUUUUUUACAGAGUCGUCCGACAACCAUGGCCACAACCUUGACAGGGAGCAAUACCGAGGCGAGGGACAGGACCACGGUGAAGUGUUCAGUCCUUUGCCCUCACCUGCUGUGCCUCUGUCUUUGGAUCAGUCCAAGCACACGCCAAUGGAGUUUUUCCGUAUUGACAGCAAAGACAGUGCAAGUGAGGUGAAUUGUCUUGACUCCGGAGAGCAGCGCCUCUCUCCGGUUCCCCUCUUUUCCACAUCAGACCUGGGCUCGGAUGUCACUGAGGAACUUCCGGAGCUGGCUUAUGAGGUCAAGUACCACCGCUCUGAGCUUUGGGAGUUGGACUGUAGUGAUAAAGACUCCAAUGAGUCAGUGCCAGUCAUCUCUUUUAAAGAGGCAGUAGUGGAGGAUGAGGGUCACCCACCAGACCUUUUGGUCAACUUGCCUAUAACAGGUGGGACUGUAGACUCUUUACAGGAGGAAUUAGACACUAUGGGGGGCGGUGUGGGCAUCGAGGUGACAGCCUCUCCUCAGAAGUUCAUUCAGCCGGAUGUUUUACAGCUUCUUGUUCACCCCGAGGAGGAGGAGGAGGAGCAGCUGCUGGAGCAGGACCUUUCAUCUUUAUGUACAGCCUCUGAAACAUAUGACACCAGUGUUGCAUCUUCCUCUCCCUUCAACUCGCUGUGGGAUGACUGCAGCGCGGCGUUUGGGCAAGAAGCCUUCGACAAAAUGGUGGUUCAUUCUGCAUGCCAAAAUAACGAACUGCCCCUUGACCUACCUGUCACUGAUCCUCUAAAUGUGAAACCAGAGGCCAGUACAAGAGUAAAUACAGACUUAGUUCCAGACCCAAGUAGAAAUAGCACAGGCUCCAACCCUGCCACAGAUGAUGGGACUAAGGCAUGCACAGUGGUUGAGAGUUUAUUAGGUCUUGAUGGUGAAUCAAGAGUUAUUAGUACUACAGGUGGCAGCGAAUUUGAUAAAGAAGUAUCGCGGCUGUUUGCAGAGCUGGACGAGCUGUCGUUGGCUGCAUCCCAAGCUCGUAUCCCGGAGGAGUUUGUACGAUGCUGCGCGGUAGAGAUGGUUAAAGCCCUGGAUUGUUUGCACCAAGAGGGCAUCAUCUGUCAAGACCUUAACCCCAACAACAUCCUGCUCAACCACCAAGGUCAUGUUCAGCUUACCUACUUCUGUAGCUGGAAUGAUGUGGAGGAGUCCUGUGACAAAGAGGCCAUUGCCAAUAUGUACUGUGCACCAGAGGUGGGAGGGAUCAGUGAGGGGACUGCAGCAUGCGAUUGGUGGAGUCUGGGCGCCAUCCUGUUUGAGCUCCUGACAGGCAUGUCUCUGCUGCGGUGCCAUCCAGCGGGGAUUGGUCGCCACACUGCUCUCAACAUCCCCGCGUCUGUUUCAGAGGAGGCCAGAUCUCUGCUGGAGCAGUUGCUCCAGUACAACCCAAUGGAGAGACUGGGGGCAGGUGUGGGAGGCGUGGAUGAUAUCAAAUCCCACCCUUUCUUUGCCAAAGUGGACUGGCCCAAAUAGACGCCGUGCAUUGUGGGACCGUGGAAACCAGAGCUGCAUGCUGGAAGGCUGUCUCUCCUAAAUAAAUCCCUUUCAGAGUGAACACACAAAUAGAGAUACAGUAAAUAUGCAUUUCUCCACACAUCACCCAUUUCUUGGCCAUUGAGUUUCUCUUUUUGCCACAAAAGCAGUAUUCCCUUCCUUGUAAUUUGUUCAUUUCUUCAUCUCAUAGAGGGUUCACUGUGUAACCUUUUGGUGCAGGGAACACUUAACAACAUGGGUGGUGCAAUAAUUUAUACAUUAAGUGCUGGUACUGAGUGAUGAUCCACUACGACAUUCUUGCUUUUACAUAACUCAUGCAGUAGCCAAAAUGACUGAGAGGUUUUCUUCGGGGGACUUUUUUAGUCUUUUCACUGCAUUCUGUAUGUAACCCAUUUAAACUGACACAGACUUAGGUCAGCUUUCCUGAACGUACAAUACACUGAGUUUGUUGACACCUACACAUUUUUAUCAGUCCUCACUGAGUCCCUUUAGAUUAGCUGGAAGUGAGACGGGUUGAGCUUUUUUCAUGUUGCUCUUAUAGACACUUUUUUUUUGCCAACAAGCACCCACAUACCGUACAAUAAAAGAGAAAGACACUAUACUAGGUGAAUAAACAAUAUAUUUUUAGAUAGGAGAUGGUUUUGUUGUUGAGUGAAGUAUGUAGUUGUAUGAGGAUAGAAUAGAAGCGAUUAUAGCUAAAAAAGAAAAAGAAAAGGGCCUUCUUCCUCUACGAGCAGUGAGUGUGUUUCAUUCAUUCAAGAAAGAAAAAGGAUGGAGGGCUUGAACUACACAUUUGAAACCAGCCCUUUUACAUAGUUGUUUUUAUGAAUAACAGAGGGAACUCUGUACUGUACAACACUGCAUUUUUUGCAUGGAAGAAUAUGAUUUAUGUAAUAUAUUUAAUACUAUGAUAAAUCUAACAAUAAAUAUUGUGCGUCUUAACGUCUUUAACGUUAACAUUUUUAAAGGAUGUUGUGCUGAGUGAACAGUACACCCAGAUCUCAAAGCCUUGAUUAUGUCCAACUUAUCAGUCGCUCACUGCCUCAUCAAUCAGAUCCUUUUUAUUUGAUUGUUUUAUUUCUGUGCAACACAUCUGCUAACUUGCCACACAGAUGCUGAUGCUGAUUUAAUAUCCUUAAUGAUAUAAUGGUCUACAAUGAUAAUAUCUAUAUGGUAAACAUUGCCAUGGUUACAUUACAUGCCAUAUAUCGCUUUCUGUAUAAACGAUGAGAUUUUUGAGAAUUAUCGGAGCAUAGACAAUAUAUCAAACACAUUGUAAUAUCAAACGCAUUGUAAAACAUUUCUCUAACAAUACACAGAUAAUAUCUCCACUGUAGAUGCUGCACUCUGUUGUACUCAGCUGUGGUAUGUUAACUGACCGAUACUGUCCAUAUUUCACCUAUUAACCCUUUUUAAUCAGACAUAAACAUCACAGUAAGAUCAGAUUUGUUUUAUCAGUUUUUUGUUGAAUGCUAACUCUUGUUUGUGCUAUACGUCUGUACUGGUCUGUCAGUGCACCCUGGAUAACAAUAAACAUACCUGGAUAGGAACAUCUAGUGACUAUGUGU